UCCUAUUAAUAUCGUUUCAAGUAUAAAUAAAUAUUUAUAAUAUUAAAUAUUAAAGUUUUUUGAACCAAUUUCAAUAAAGAUGGCUGCUGAAACAGUUACAGACAUGAAAGGGAACAUUGUAAAAAUGGAUAUGAGUUAUAGUGACACUUGUGAUAAACAAAUCCCUGAGUGUAUUGAAUUAGCUAAGUCUGGUAGUUUGCUUGAAGCUUUAGAGUCAUUGAUGGCUUUAGAAAAACUCACUAGAACGGCAGCUGAUAUGUUUUCAACAAGUCGAAUUCUAGUGGCUAUACUUCAAAUGUGCUUCUUUAAUAAUAAUUUUGAACUUUUAAAUGAGCAAAUCAUCAAUCUGACAAAAAAAAGAGGACAAUUAAAACAAUCUGUUACAAAAAUGGUUCAAGAAGCAUGUACAUAUGUUGAUCAAAUAGACUCCAAAGUUGAGCGUAUAAAAUUAAUUGAUACUAUAAGAACAGUGACUGCCGGCAAGAUAUAUUUGGAACUUGAGAGAGCACGAGUUACUCGAAAAUUAUCUGAAUUAAAAGAGGCUGAAGGCAAUAUAUCAGAAGCUGCCAGCAUUCUUCAAGAGUUACAAGUUGAAACUUAUGGUUCAAUGGAGCGCCAAGAAAAAGUUGAAUUUAUUUUGGAACAAAUGCGACUGUGUUUAGCAAAAAGAGAUUUUAUUCGUACUCAAAUUAUUUGUAAAAAGAUAAAUACAAAAUUCUUUGAUGAUAACAAAGAGCAGGCUCUUAAAUUAAAGUAUUACCAGUUAAUGAUUGAACUUUGUCAUAAUGAUUCUCAAUAUUUAUCUAUAUGUAAACAUUACCAUGCUGUUUAUAAUACACCAUGUAUUCUAGAAGAUUCUCUUAAAAAAAAAGAGGCAUUGCGUAAUGUGGUUCUAUAUGUUCUGUUGUCUCCAUUUGACAAUGAACAAGCUGAUUUUUUAGCAAGAUUAUCUGAAGAUGUAAACCUUGAAGCAAUUCCUUUAUACAAACAAAUGUUAAAAAAUUUUACUACAAAAGAACUUAUACAGUGGAGUAAAUUUCAACAACUCUAUGAGCAUGACCUAUGUGUUGGAACAUUAGAAAAUCCUGUUACUGGUGUUUUUGAUAGGAAUACAGAUAGCGGUAAUAACAGAUGGAAUGAAUUAAAAAAAAGAGUUGUAGAACAUAAUAUUCGUGUUAUGGAAAAAUACUAUUCAAGAAUUACAAUGUUAAGAAUGUCAGAAUUGCUCGAUCUUACUAUUAAAGAGUCUGAAAGAUUUAUAUCAGAUUUAGUAACAUCAAAAACAAUUUUUGCUAAAAUUGAUCGCCCUGCCGGAAUCGUUGUGUUUAAACCUCCGAAAGAUGCUGCGGAUACGUUGAACGAAUGGUCACGAGACAUUUCUGGAUUAAUGGACCUGCUUAACAAAACCACGCAUUUGAUUACAAAAGAACAAAUGGUUCAUCAACUUCUUAAUUAGUGAACUUAAUUGCAUUUUAUAAAAUUUUAACAUUUGCUUAUUUAAACAUUGUGCUGCUAAUUUUUGUUAGCAAGAGUUGUUUUUCCGUUUGUGUUUUAGCUAUCCAUAUUAUAUAUUGUUUGAAAUUAGU